AUGCCGCCGCGUCUCAACCUUUUUACCGCACGGGCGGUUCCCGUUCUUCGCCAGUCCGCCAACAGCUCGGCGGCUUCCCGACGCAGUUUUGCGACCAUCCUCAACACCAACCGGCCUUGCGCGGCCUCGACCGGCCAUGGCCUGAAAUCCGGCCUGUCGGCUUCCGUCCGGGGACAGAGGAGGUGCAACUCCUCGGGCUCUGAUGGUCAGGAUAGACCCAAGGGCCCGACCGAGGACCCUUUGCCCCAUGUUAGUGAAGAGGCCGCGGAGGUCAGCAAGAUCAUGGAUAAGAAGUGCGAUGGUACUCCUGCUAGUCCUGAGUUGGAACAGGGAUCGCCUAUUUCUGAGAUCCUGCAACGUGAUAAAGAGGCCCUAAAGCAUAUGCCCAAGGUCAUGCAAGACCAGAUGAAGCGUCCAUCCGGUAGCCGUUCAUUCUCGACGUCCGCUCGCCGCCUGCAGCCAGAACUUCAGGGAAAGGAAUUGGACGAUGCCUCGGCGUCGGUCGUUGCCAAUAUGAUCUCCCAGGUUAACCAGCAGGCCACGGAGCUGCACCCUGGACUCAAGUUCGAAGCGCCCCAGAACCUUCCCAAGACCGAGAACUUCCGCAAGAGAUACGAGACGAUAGUGGAGCAGUUCACUAAGCUGCUGAUGCAAGAUGGCAAGCUGAGCAAGGCUCAGAACACCAUGGCAUUCAUUCUGGAUCACUUGCGCACUGCUCCUCCCCCUAACAUCAACCCCCGGCGCCGCUUGCUCCCGGGUCCUCCCGCUCCUCAGCUCCCUCUUAACCCCGUCCUCUAUCUCACCUUGAUUGUCGACUCUGUCGCGCCUUUGCUCAAGCUCCGUCAACAGAAGGGUAUUGUUGGUGGUGGUGUGUCUGUGCAGGUCCCUUCUCCUCUCGCGCUGAGACAGCGCCGGAGAACCGCGAUCAAGUGGAUCAUUGAUGCCUCUGACAAGCGUCGGGAUGCUAUUUUUGGCCAGCGCGUGGCUAAUGAGCUGGUUGCCGUUGCUGAGGGCCGCAGUGGAGUGUGGGAUAAGAGAGAGCAAGUGCACAAGCUGGGUGUGGCUGGCCGUUCUAACCUUGGAUUGGUUGCGCGCCGGAGGGCGUUCGGCUACAUUGUACCUAUGAUGCGGCACGACUUGAGAACGUGGAACGUCGCCCAUCCAACACCCUCGCACAAAUACGCUGGACAUCCUCCGGCCGCUGUCUCUGCUGCCCCGCUCUUCCCUGCCUCUUUCCUCCUGUCCAACACCGUGUCGUCGAAUGCCGGCGAUCGAACCUGGGCACGCAUCGCUUCUGCGAGGGGUGCCUCUCCCGACGAUAACGACGUAACCCCAAGCGGCCAGUCUAUUGAACUCGGCCAGUAUCCUGACACACCUGCCACAACUUCCCGCCAGUCUCACGCGACUCUUCCUCCUACCCAGCUGACUGACCCGGGGUCUGAAUCCCCUUCCUACCAUCGUACAGACCACCGGGAAGGUCAUCCUCAGAAGCCUACACUGCGGGAGAAACCGGUUAUCAUCAAAUAUUGGAUAGAAGCUCUUCGUCGUCACCCUCACCGCCACCAGACUUGCGGUUCCGCCGACAAGAUGAAGUUCUCUCACAGCAUCCAGUUCAAUGCGGUGCCGGACUGGAGUGCUUAUUAUCUGGCUUACAGCAACCUCAAGAAACUGAUUUACUCUUUAGAACAGGAAGUGCAUCAUCGAUCGGCCGGACAUGAACAUGCAGAUGUUGAACAAGCCCCAUUGCUAGAUGGCGGCAGUCUAAACACUGAUGCGAUAUUUCGUCGGGCUCUAGAUGCAGAACUCGAGAAGAUUUGCUCGUUUUAUCAAUCCAAGGAGGCGGAGAUAUUCACUGAGGUUGAGGAUGUCCUCAGAGAUGCCGAGGAAUAUGCGCACAGGGCCGAUACUAUGAAUGUCGAUCCCAUGAGUGACGCCAUGAUCAAGGGUCGCACAGCCAGUUCAAGCUCUAGGCAGCGGCCGGGGAGCAUUGUUCGUCGGGUGCCAUCGAACCAGGAACGGCGUCAUAGCGCAUUCAGUGAAACUUUGGCCGAUGAUGAUGAUGACGAUGCAGACAGUGACGACGAACCUGGGACGCUGUCGAAUCAAUAUCGACCGCAGUCGCAUGGCGCCGAGUCUAGCAAUCCGGAUGGUAGUCGUACGGACGACAUGAGGGAUUCUGUGCUCUGGGGGGCUGAUUCCCGGCUUCUGGGCUACAGCGGUCCGUCCGCGCACCGCGGGGGUGCACCCGACGAGCACUUUUCGGACCCAAUCGUCGUAGACCUCUACAAUGCCGGGCUCUCGCUGAAGAAGCGGGCUGUUGCGGCUUAUGUUUCCAUCUGUGGACUCAAGUCGUACAUCCAACUUAACAAGACUGGGUUCUCCAAGGCACUGAAGAAGUACGAUAAGAUACUUGACCGCAAUUUGCGUCGGGAGUACGUGAAUUCAGUCGUGUCUUUGACGUAUCCUUUUAAGGAUUCUACCAUGGAAAAGGUGGAUGACAACAUUCGCAAAGUCGAGGAGGUCUACGCGAAUGUCGUCACCACCGGUAACAUUCCCCUUGCCAAACGUGAACUACGUCUGCACCUCAGGGAACAUGUUGUGUGGGAGCGAAACACGGUCUGGAGGGAAAUGAUUGGCAUCGAAAGGAAGGCUCAGGCUGCGAACGUCGGUAUUCGCAGGACGCUUCUUGGUGGAGACGAAGAUCCUUCCAAAGCACGACGCCAAGGAGACGAGCAGGAAGUCAUGCCCAAGAUGAUCCGGACGCCUUUUGGAAUCAUCCGAAUCCCGCAGUGGCUCUGUAGUCUGAGUCUUGUCACCCUCGUUCUCAUCCUGCUUGUGUUUGGCAUUUUACUUUCGGUCCCGAUAAUGGAGAAGCCUGAACAGCAGAAUUGUCUGGCCAUGCUUGUUUUUGUCAGUUUGCUGUGGGCUACAGAGGUUAUUCCUCUAUUCGUCACAUCGCUACUCAUUCCUUUCCUCGUCGUGAUGCUCCGUAUCAUGUUGUCCGACAACAAGCCUCACGAACGUUUAGGCCCGAAGGAAGCCACCGCCGCUGCUUUCAGCGCCAUGUGGACGCCAGUCAUCAUGCUGUUGCUCGGUGGCUUCACCAUCGCUGCGGCGCUUUCUAAGUACGAUAUCGCUCGUCGUAUGGCCAUGUUCGUCCUGAGUAAAGCCGGGUCCAAUCCCAAUAUCUUGCUUCUCACCAACAUGUUUGUGAGCAUGUUUCUGAGUAUGUGGAUCAGCAACGUCGCCUCGCCGGUGCUCUGCUACUCAAUCAUCCAACCUCUGUUGCGAAAUCUGGAGCCCGACUCCAGCUUUGCCAAGUCCCUUGUUCUAGGUAUUGCUUUGGCCGCCAACGUGGGCGGUGCCGCGUCGCCUAUCGCGUCUCCUCAAAACAUCAUCGCUUUGCAGAAUAUUUAUCCGAGCAUGAGCUGGGGGACCUGGUUCUUCAUCUCACUCCCGGUGUGCAUCCUGUCCAUUGUCGCCAUCUGGAUGCUUCUGGUGCUCACCUUCAAGCCCGGUCGUGAGACGGCCGUCGCCAUCCGUCCCUUGAAAGACAAGUUCACUGGAGUUCAGUGGUUCAUCAGUAUUGUCACACUGUCAACCAUUGCGUUGUGGUGUGGCAGUCACCAACUCGAGCAUAUUUUCGGAGACAUGGGCGUAAUCGCCAUUAUUCCGAUGGUCCUGUUCUUUGGCACAGGUAUCCUCAACAAAGAAGAUUUCAACAACUUCCUCUGGACGAUCAUCAUUCUGGCCGCUGGUGGGCUCUGCCUUGGAAAGGCGGUCACGUCUUCUGGUCUCCUUCACACCCUUGCGAAUGCGAUCCGCAUGCGGGUGGAACAUCUCAGUCUUUAUGGUGUGCUGCUUGUAUUCUCCGCCCUCAUCCUGGUCAUUGCCACGUUUAUCUCCCACACCGUGGCAGCCCUGAUCAUGCUCCCGCUGGUACGACAGAUCGGACUCGGCAUGGACGACCCGCACCCGAACCUGCUCGUGAUGGCGAGCGCAUUGAUGUGUUCGGUGGCCAUGGCUCUACCGACCAGUGGCUUCCCUAACAUGACGGCCAUCAUGACCGAGGUACCCCAGACGGGCCAGCGGUAUCUGCAAGUCCGUCACUUCUUCACACGGGGUAUCCCCGCCAGCUUGAUGUCCUUUGCCGUGAUAGUAACGGUGGGAUACGGGUUGAUGUACAUUGCUGGACUGUGA